UACUUUCCAUCCAGGCUCGGAGCAGCGCAGAAGCAUCUUUCCCCGUGCCGCGUGUGUGAGUGUGUGUGCGCGCGCGCGCCUGGGACGCAGGAUCGAGCCGUGCCACGAGUAUGAGAACUUCCAUCCCAGCUCGUUUGAUUUCUCUCAUCCUCAUAUCCGAUCAUUCGAUUCAUUUUGACCAUCCGACCUCAUUGUUUUGUCAUUUUUCUACAACUGUUACCCACAGUUUGUUGCUCACCACCACCAGCGGCAGCUGAGAAAUUUGGAAUAUCUCACCAUCCCACCGCCGCCUCUGCCCUCUCUGCUGGAUUUUUGGGGUUUUUUUGUGCGUGUGUGUGGCUGGACUAUAACGCAGGGGGAUUUAUGUUUGCUCUGCAGUGGACACCGCCACCUUUUUCCUCUGGGGGAUGUAUAUUUGAAAUCUGCGCUCUGAAAAACGGGGAGAGUAUUUUACGCACUGCGCGCUGAAUGAACUGCAGCCGUGCGCGCUUGGUUUUUGAGGCAGGAGAUGCUCCAGCACACCUGAUCGGGGAUUGUGAUUCGCACGCGCCUUCGCCGGAUCAGGAUUUUAGGGUGAAAAAAAAAAAUUGGCCGAGGUCGACCCUUCCUGGAGCGCCUCUCUUCUGGUUAUAAUUCUUCUUUUUUGGACACACACCGUGAUCUUGAAACGGGAUUGUUGCACCCACCACUCGGAGGCAUGGGGGACUCGAUGUGGAGAUAUUAUCUUGGAGUUUUGUUUAUUGCCUGUAAGGUGGACCUGUCCCGGGCGCUCAUCCUAGAGUCCAUCUACUGGAACACGACGAACACCAAAUUUGUGCCUGGUCAAGGUGUGGUUUUAUACCCCCAGAUUGGGGAUAAAUUGGACAUUGUAUGCCCCCGCGUGGAAGGUGGGGUGGGCGAUGGCGUGGAGUAUUACAAGGUCUACAUGGUGGCCAGGGAACAGAUGGAGAGCUGCACUGUGACCAAAACCGACACGCCGCUUCUCCAUUGUGUCAAGCCCGACCAGGAUGUCAAAUUCACCGUAAAGUUUCAAGAGUUCAGCCCGAAUCUAUGGGGCCUGGAGUUUUUCAGGGGAAAAGACUACUACAUCAUCUCAACGUCUAACGGCACCAUGGAGGGCAUCGACAACCAGGAGGGAGGAGUGUGCAAGACCAAGUCCAUGAAGAUAAUCAUGAAAGUGGGACAAAAUCCCUCUGACCCUACUUCACCCAAAGACAACCCCACCAGAUUACCCUACCCACCCAAGCACCCAGAGGGCAAGGACCCGUACAGACCAAAUAACGAAGUGCUGGAGAAACCAGGUGUAGCACCGAGAGAAAGCAGCGAUAGCAAUGACACAGGCGGAAAAUCCUCCAGCGCCAUCGGCUCCGAGGUGGCCAUCUUCGUCGGCAUUGCCUCUGGCAGCGUCAUCUUCAUCAUCAUCAUCAUCAUGCUAGUCUUGUUGCUGCUCAAGUACAGGCGGCGGCACCGCAAGCACUCGCCACAACACGCCACCACGCUCUCACUCAGCACCCUGGCCACACCCAAAAGGAGCGGAGGGGGUGGGAACAAUAAUGGGUCAGAACCUAGCGACAUCAUCAUCCCACUCAGGACUGCUGACAGCGUCUUUUGUCCGCACUAUGAGAAGGUCAGCGGCGACUAUGGCCACCCGGUCUACAUUGUUCAGGAGAUGCCCCCGCAGAGUCCCGCCAACAUCUAUUACAAAGUUUGAGGUGGAACUGGAAGGAAAGAGACAAUUUUGAACAGUCCCCUGGCAGAGCGAGAGGUUGGUUUCGGAUGACGCAGAAGCCCACACCUGCGAACGAACGCUCUUGCUCUUUCUCUUCACUUGAUCUGAUGACCCCACCUCUCCUCUGACAUUGUGUCACAAUUCUUUCUUGAUCAAAAGUUUUUCUGAUGUGCUCUGGUUUGUUCAUAGUACACGGUUGCUGCAGACGGGUUGGGUGGAGGGCAGGAAAGAAGUUUGCUGCUGCUGUUGCCAUUGCUGCUCUUUGGAGUUUUCAAGAAGAAGAGAAGAAGACUCUUCCCACGUGGCUCCAUAUUUUGAGUGCACUGCGGCCGGCGUUUUGUGGAAACUGAGAGCGAUGUGCUCUUACUGUGGGAUCAGAAAGUGAGUGAGACAGAUGUGUACUGGAGGUUUUUGUUUCGUGGAUGGACAGAUGGAUGUGUGGACUUGAAAGUUUCCUGAGAGUGGAGCAAGAGGAGAGAAAGGAGUUUUUUUCUUAGCUUCACCUUAAUGGGGAAGAGAGAAAACUGAACAAGGCAGAGGGUGGACCAGGAACUUGUCUCAGAACGGUUGCCCAUCCUUGUUUGGUAGCUGAGGAGACUCUGUGGAUUUACCAGCCGGAAGAGGAAAACGACAUCCUCAUGGUUCCUGUCUGGGACUUUCCUGUCAGACUCACAGAGAUCACCCUUUCACCCUGUCACCCAUGUGCUCACCGUACACACGGACACCCGCACAUACACGGACGCACUGCCUCACCAGUCAACGCGAACUGUUUGGUUUUAAGUGUGGAUUUCUACAUUUCUCUCCUCUUUCCCAGAUUACAUUCAUUCUUUCAGAUGUUACUUGAAGGUUUUGAGAUAAAAAAAAACAAAACGUUUUUGUGCUGUCAGCGUUCACCGAUCAUGUCUCCGAUCUUAUCUGAUUUUCAUAUGCUGGUGUCGUUCAAGUUUUAUUUUCCUUUAGUGAUAUCUUAUCAUUGCAACUCAUAUUGCGUGUGAUGCUCAAACAUGUGGAGCAGCGAGCAGAACUGGUGAGAGUGCAGGAGGAAGGAAGGAAUGAGCAAUUUCGUCUCACCAGGGGAUUGAUAGGGUGCACAUCAGGUCUACUCGUGGCGUCUGGGAAGAGUGGAGGACUUUCAUAUACAUAGAGCAGCACUUUUAACCCUUUUUUGUCACCUCCACUCGGCAACGGCCACCCACAGAGAGACGAUGAUAGCUGGAGAUGGGAGAGCAGCCGUGUCCCACCAGGAACAGUGAGAGGUAGUCUUCAGUAGUGAUAGACAGAGUGCCUCUCCAGAACUUGGGCUUUUCAAAUGGGAACACAUUUGGUAAAUAAGAAAUUUGCCUUACUGCUGUUAAGUGGCCCAAAAAUCAUCUAGUGCAGGUUUGCACAGCUGCAGGUACUGUAAUAUUUACCUUUAGGGGCCAGAUGGUGAUUCCAGCUGGGUUUUUACUUCACCAUGGACAGGGCUCUGUGAUGGCCGGUCCACCUGCAUGGGCAUCCAUCUUGCUCCCAUUCUGUCAUGACAACUGUGCACCAAGAUUGCACUUCAUUGCCCAAAACGUUAGUGGUGUUGUCAUGCUAAGCCAUUCUGAAAGCCAACGAGAAGAAGAAAAUGAAACCUCUGUGCUUUUUUGUCAUCUUAAUUCAGGCACUCAGCGAAGGGCUCAUCAUUUGCACCAUUAGAUGUUUUCCUGUCUGUCACCCAACCCAUCACCAAUGGAA